AUGAAUACCCAGGUCCAACUCAACUCCACACGGAUAUCGGUGCUAUCCAUACCCAAGGAUAAGUACUGGAUGUUUACCUCGCCCAUACUUCAACUAUUACAUCAGGAAGCUCUGAAGUAUCCUAGUAAUGACUCAGACACUGAGUCAUCGGAUGAUGAAAGUUCUGUUAACGAUUAUAGCGACACGGACUCUUCCUCUGACCACGAGGGAACCACUCAUAGCAAUGCAUCGGGGCACAUUAAUGGCACUCAUGGCACUCAUGGCCUCCAUGGCACUGGCGCUAACGGGCAUAUUGGACUCUCUUCUCCAAUAGACAAUACAUCUAAGCAAACAAACUCCAUAGACCAAGUCAACGUAUCUGAGUCAGACGAGGACUAUACCACUGAGGAUUCGCUGGACGAUGAGAUGAACUACUUCUUUCACAUUGCGUUUACUCCACAGGAAUGUACAGUGAUGUGUGAUUCCACUGUAAUGGGAUCCAUAUUUGCUGAACCAUUGAAAACUUGCAAGCAGCUUGACAAUUCCCAAGUGAAGUUAUUGGAUGAUGAAUUUAUUACCUUGCAAGUGGAUAGUAGCGACGGCUAUGACAAUAGUUCCAAGGUAUUACUGUUAACAAAGCCACUUUCUACUAACAAUAUACCUCUCUUCUUCCUUUCUACUCACUUUGGUGAUAUUGUACUUAUCCCCGAAUCUUCAAAGGAGAAGGUCGUUGACAUUUUAACACUGAAGAACUUUGAGUUUUCGAACCUUUCAAACAGCUACAUUAACGUACAAGAUCAAGGCUCCCAUACCAUUGAAACUGCAAAGUUAGACGGAGGUGCCUCCCCAAACCUUGACAUAGAACAACGGGCUUUUGACCUUUUCCAACAGGCAAAUGUUUCCCCAAUCAUAAACAAAUCUACCAAGCUCCUCUUGACAGGUGCAAGAUCUAGUGAAGCAUCACGGACUUUAUUGAAAACAGCACAAAUUUUAGCAUCAACAGAUAUCCAAUCUGUAUACUUCCCACAAUAUUUUGCAAUAACAAGAACUUCGUUAAAUGAAGUUUCCUUGUUACUUCCAAAAUCCUCAGAACUCAGAGGGAGAUUGGGAUUUCCCUCUAAAUGCAUUAUCGGUUCCACCCAAGACGCUAUCAUACCAAUUACCAUAGAUUUACAUGCUUUACCGUUAGACACCACUGGUAUCGUUGCAGGUUUAGCAAGUAAACUAUUAAGCGGUAGUAAGAAAAAGUCACAGAUUCCGUUGGAAAUGAGUUAUCUCUCUAUGGCAAAAGCAGGGAUUGUUAUGAUCCCGCAAGAAGACGUCGAGUUGGUUUCGAACAUUUUAAGAGAAGACGUGACUCGCCAAUUGGUAGAUCCAAUUGAUAGCUUACGCUUGGAAUAA